UCUUCUUCAAACCCACGUUUCUGCAGCACCUCAUUGAAACCUUCCUCUCACCUUCUUCCGUUCUCUUACUUCAAAUCCACGUCAAUUCCAAUUCUCAUUUCCCAAAGCUACAUUCAUUAUUUCUGAGCUCAGCCACUACAUUUCCGAUAAGCUCCAACCGAGAACGAUGUCGUUUGAGGACGAGGAGGAGUCGUUCGAGCACACGCUGCUUGUGGUGCGCGAGGUCGCCGUGUACAAAAUCCCGCCGCGGUCGACUUCCGGCGGGUACAAGUGCGGCGAGUGGCUCCAGUCCGAUAAGAUCUGGACGGGUCGGCUCCGGGUCGUCUCGUGUAAGGACCGGUGCGAGAUCCGGCUCGAGGAUCCGAACUCCAGCGAGCUCUUCGCCGCCUGCUUCGUCCCGCCGGGGCAGCGCGAGAUCUCCGUCGAGACCGUCCUCGACUCCUCCCGCUACUUCGUCCUCAAGAUCGAGGAUGGCACCGGCAAGCACGCCUUCAUUGGGCUCGGCUUCGCCGAGCGCAACGAGGCCUUCGAUUUCAACGUCGCGCUCUCCGAUCACGACAAGUACGUGAAGCGAGAGAGCGAUAACGACGCCGGAAGCGGCGCCGCCGGCGACGACAGUCACAUUGAGGUCGAUCCGGUGGUGAAUCACAGAUUGAAGGAAGGUGAGACGAUAAGGAUAAAUGUGAAGCCGAAGCCGACGAGUGGGACUGGGAUGCUGUCAGCAGCUGGCUUAUCUGGCUCGGCAAAGCCGACAUUGCCGGCGUUUAGCCUGGCACCGCCACCAGGGACGGGGAAGCUCAGGUCGCCUCUGCCGCCGCCUCCGAAUGAUCCUGUUGCUGUUAGGAUCAGCUCUGGAGGUGCCAAACAUCCACAGGAUAAAGCUAGAAAGAGUUCCGACCCGUUAUCGGAUAUUUCUCAGAUGGAGAGGAGUCUGCCUCCCGCCACUGGAUCAGGAUCUUCCACUAAGACAAAUGCAGUAGGAUGGGCAGCUUUCUGAUGGAGUGAGCAUUUGUUCAUUAUUAAUCAAGGUGUUCAUUUUUUUUGUUUUCUUUUCUCGAGGAUACCAGUGAGAAAUGAAAUGUGAGAAGAGAAAGAAAUAACAACGUACCGAAAUACUUGAGAUGUGGAAGAUUAUUAUACUGCGAUGUGUUUUCCUUUGUCCUGUUAUCCAUGUUCUUUUCUGCUGCCGGCCAUUCAACUUAAAAUUUGAACUUUUCACUUGUAUAUAUAAUAGGGAGAUGUGUUCUAUCUGUUUAAUUGCUAUUGCUCUCUUUGUCUAAUGCUUGGUGAUAACAAACACCUUUUUUGAGUCUGACUCUGUUGGCUUGA